UGUAGGGCCAAAAUUGAAAUAACUAAGAACGGACGUGUCUGCAUGUCCAUAUACUUUGCUUUAAAAUAUAGAUGGUAGAUUGGUAGAAAGUUGCGAAAUGCAACCACAAUGUAUAGAGAAAGAAGAGUCAAGCCCCCACUCGUCAGUCCUUCGCCUGCUGACAUCCCCUCUCCGACUGCUCUGCGCAUCCAUUUGGCAAGUUGUCCAGGAGAAGGAUGUGUUGAAUUAUGGGAUGUUGGAAGAAUUUGUCACCUUAAUUACCGAGUCGGUCCCCGAGGUGUUAAGUCAUAGACAGAGGGCCCAGCUCCUCCUUGGGUUGCGAGCAAAGGUGGUCCUUGAGGUGUGCCGUUCUGAGAGCUCGGCUGACACGGAAACCAUCCAAUAUCACCUGGAAAGAAUCAGAAUACCUGCUGCUCUUCUUGCUGAGUCUUCGAUAAGAGAUGUGGAUGUUGAAACAUCAGAAUCUAAUUUCUUAGCCCUUGUGGAUAUUCUGCUGAAUGACCCUGUUGAAAGGGAUGUCUUCUUUCAGGAGGUGUUCCCAGUGGAGUACGGUCCAAAGUUUGACCUUGCAUUGCAGAGAUUGAUCUGGAUAUUUGUCUCCAGACUUGAGGAGGUUCUUCGUGUCCCUAGCAUUCAUGAGGUAGCUUCCAUGUUAAGUCUGGCUCCUUCUAUCAUGGAGGAAUGCUUUCAAGCCCUUUCACAUCCUCAGGAAUUGCUGAACUCUCUCAACCAUCACAAAAAUCAUGCAGAUAUACAAAUCAAGGCUAUUUUACCAGAGCAGCCCUCUACAGAUGAUGACUGCAUCUUCUCCUGUCUCUCACAUCCCCCUUUGGUGCGAGUAGUACUGGACCCCGAGCGCAAAGUCUCUGAAAUUGAAUUGGAGCCCUCGUACUGUGAGGAGGUCUCUGUCGAAUGUGAAGAAGUGAGUGCUCCAGCCACUGAGGAUGUCAAGUCUGAUGAACCAAUGAGCACUGGCAGUGAUGCAGAGGACAGGACCGAGGAGUCAGCGGAAUCCGCUAACUGCCAGCGUGACGGUGCGAACGUGGACAGCGAGCACCAUGAGAGGUCGGUUUGUGAGGAAGCAAAGGUCGUUCCACCCAAGGAGAUGCCGACACCUGCUGAAGAACUGGAAGAGCCCUCAAGCUCUGAGAAGGCCACCAGCAAAGGCAUUGGGUUCAUCAACGAAGACGGAACAGUGGACUACACUGGUAGAGCGACGGUUGAGGACAGACCAGAGGGGAGUGAGAUGACCGAAGACGGGGCGGGGAUCCUGAGGAGCACUGAGGCGCAGCCUGAAGAGCUGCUCAGCAAGCCUGUCCACUGCUCCAGUCAGACCGUAUCUACACAGGGAGCCAGGGUCAUUUAUCUGCUACGCCAGCCCACUGUUAAGCUUGAGAGAAUCAACAUCACAGGCAAACCUUUGCCACCACCUCUCCCAAGACAGAGUGGCAGGGUUCGGAAGAAAAGACUUCAGUUGGUCUGGAGAAAAAAUAGGAGUCCUGAGAUCGUUUGGGUAGAUUCACAAGAUGAGCCUGAUCCAAAGAAUGUGAGCUCUGCUAUGAUUCCAAGAACAGACAAAUCAGAUUGCGGUGUGAAGCCACCAGCUGUGGUCUUCGCCUGCUCCAAGUGCUCUUUCCAAGAUGUCACCGGAGUUAUCCUGGAGCAGCACCUCAGGAAGAGUCACCCAAAUGAGUUCAGCAGGCUCCGGUCAGCAGGCAUUGUCCAGACAAGCGGACCUGAGUCUCCAGCCAAACAAACUGAUGUUUCAGUCCGUCAAACCCAGCCUGCCAAAAUAGGCCAGAUGUUCAAGGCACGGCCCGUUGGCGCCAGGACUGUCUCGGACAUCGGUCGGUAUCUGCAGGACCACUCAACGGAGCUGCAGGACCACUCAACGGAGGGAUUGUGCUGUUGCUCCGGCUGUGGGAAGUGCUUCCAGCACCACCAUGACUUGGAAAGACACAUGUCUGAGUGCGGAGUAAUCGUUGUCCCACAACUAAAUCAGACUCCGGGGUCUGGGGAGAGCAGCAAUAAGCCAGAGUCCACCGGUCUAAAUGAGGAAAUAACUGAAGUGCAAGGUGAUGUCAAGAAGCUCAAGCAAAACUCUGGGAUAUCACUUAAGGAAGAUAAGGUGGAAGGACAUGUUGACACUUAUUUUCAGGAAUAUCCAAACCUUUGUGACAAAAGUUCUGAACAUGCAAGUGAUAGUACCCAGGACCAAAGGGCUGGUACUGCAGGAUCAGAUUCAACUCUUCCACCAGAGUGCAGAAGAACAAAAAUAUGCCCUGCAUGUGGGAAAACCUACACCCGAGCCUUCCAAAUGAGACAACAUUAUUUGAAGAAGCACCAAAAAAACACCUCUAAUGCUGACUCCCUCCAACGCCUUCAGUGUGGCCGGAAGUUCUCAGACGCCAGUAAGUUGACCAGGCACAAGCGGGUCCGUUCGCUGGUGUCCAUGAAGUGCACCAUGUGUGAGGACACUUUCACUGAGCUGGCAAGCCUCCAGCAGCACUUCCUGAAAGCUCACAGUCACAACAUCAAGAAUGCCUCCCAGGGCUCUCCCUGUGAGGAGAGCUUUACCAAAAUCUUGCCUCAGCAUCAGUCCACAAACACUAGCAAGCAUCCUUACCCAUGCUCACUCUGUCCCGAGAGUUUUUUGAAGCCCCACCUACUGGCCAGGCAUUUACGCACUCAUGGCGUUGGCUUUGAACACAAGAAGGCUGAACUGGACCCCCAACACCUGUGCCACCAGUGUGGCGAGCGCUUCUGCACGGCUGUAGUGUUGCGUAAGCACGAGAUGACCCAUGGGGAGGAGAGGCCGUACAUUUGCGAUCGCUGCGGCAAGGCCUUCAAGGGCCAGGAGAACCUGAGCAUGCACAUGGGAACGCACAGCGAGCCCCACGAGCGCACACGAUACCGCUGCUCUGACUGCGGCAAGGUCCUCAUCAGCCGGAAAAAUGUGAUGCGGCACCGCCUCAUGCACUCGGGAGAGAGACCACACCAGUGCGUCCAGUGCAAGAAGAGCUUCCUGUCCCACGACGAGUUGCAGAAGCACAUGCGCUACCAUGCGGACAAGCCGUUCAAGUGUGAAGAGUGUGGCAAAUGUUACGUCCAGUCGAGCUACCUAAGGGAGCACAUGCACACACACGCGCGUGAGAGGCCUUUUGCCUGCUCAGUGUGUGACAAGCGUUUCAUGCACCGCAGCAGCCGGAAGCGACACAUGCGCAUCCACCACACAGGGGAGUCAGGCCUCCAACCUGAGAAACCUGUUGACUCCUCACCUCAAACAAUGCACGACUGACUGACUGACUGACUGACUGACUGGCUGGCUUGCAGUGCAGUCAAUAUGCACUUUUGAUGCCACCAACCAUAUUUGCUCUGUACAGUCUAGCUAUUUGAAAUUGCUAGCCACCGCUGUAGCACACAGCCAUGGUAGAUUACUGUACCUGCUACUUUACUCUUUGUUCUUCCCUAUUUUCUACAAGGAAUUUUCUUCAUCCGGUUGUGUAGUACAGUGUUUCUUAGUUUAAAAAGAAAAAACAAAAAAACCUAUUAAAAAUGCUACCUUAUCAGAUCUAAUAUUGGACCUUUAUGUUGAGAGACUAUAUUUGCUGGCACAUGAGAGAAAAUGCCACAUGGUAUCAAAGCACCCCUGUCAAAGAAAAACAUAAAAAAGCACCCCUGUCAAAGAAAAACCUGUCAAGUACUUCACAAAUAUAUGGCCAAACAUCAGCAUGCUCCAAACAAGUGGGCCUACAGGCACUUUGCGUGUCUUACCAUGUAGCUCACCGCAUACGUUGGCUUGAUCGCAAAAAAAAUAUAUAUGCCUAUGGGUCGUGACUUAAUGAACAUGGGAAAUUGUGGGGCCCAAAGCCAGACCAGUUAAGAACCACUGGUGUAGUGUGUAUAUAUGUCAUAUUGCACAGUGCAUGCGGUAUUUUGUUUAGUGUUUUGUGUGGGCUGUGUUUACUGUAUUUAUACUCUUGCUAACCCCUCUUGGCCAGGCCAUUGAAAAUAAUAGCCAAUCCUCUAUUGACUUUACCUGCUGACAUCAAGGUUAAAAAAAGACGUGUGUGGAGGAUGUACAGUAUAUGAAAUGUCGUCAUGUAAAAUAUUCUGUUACUCUAGCCCACAUAAUAGACAUGUAAAUGAAAGAAUUUGUACAUUUUAUUAAAAUAUCCUUGCACUUAACAUAUUCAAACAAAUGCAACUUAUACAUUAUUAA